AUGGUGGAGGUGUUGGUUGAGGCAGUGGAGGGGAUGGGGGUGGUGGAGGGAGUGGUGGCGGGGGUGGCGGCGGCGGUGGCAGCAGUGGCGGCGGAGGAGGCGGCGGUGGUGGCGGAGGGAGCGGAGGCGGCGGAGGUGGCGGAGGCGGCGGAGGUGGUGGAGGCAGCAGAGGUGGCAGCGGCGGCAGCGGUGGAGCUGGUCGCGACUCUGCGCAGAGGAGUGGGUCCGGUGGCUGCUACUCUAGGUGCUGGUGAGGCUGCUGCUCUAGGUGCUAGUGCAUCUGCUGCCCCACGUGCUAGUGCGUCUGCUGCCCCAGGUGCUGGAUAG